AACGUCAACAAAGGGAUAUUUUCUCUCAAGGCUAUAAACGGAGAAUCAUUGUUCCAUUUGUUUGCUGAUCUUGCGCCUGUGUUUAUAUCAUCACUUUAGCUGCGAUCAGUGUAUAUCACACUUAUUUCUUCCAAAUGGAUCCAUCCGUUUUGACAACGUUGAAGAUUUUGAUUACGGGCGAAAGUGGUGUGGGUAAAUCAAGUCUGUUACUACGGUUUACCGACGACACUUUCGACACCGAACAGGCAGCAACAAUUGGGGUGGAUUUCAAGGUCAAAUUGAUCAAUGUUGAUGGAAAUAAUGUGAAAUUGGCAAUAUGGGAUACUGCAGGACAAGAGAGAUUUCGAACAUUAACACCAUCCUAUUACAGAAAUGCUCAAGGGGCCAUUUUGGUGUAUGAUGUGUGUAGCCGCCAAUCUUUUUCCAGAUUAGAUGCUUGGUUUGAUGAAUUGGAGACAUAUGCCACCAACACAAACAUUGUCAAAAUGUUGAUAGGCAACAAAAUUGACAAGGACCGAAGAGAAGUGAGCAGAGAAGAAGGUUUAAAGUUUGCAAAAAAGCAUUCAAUGCUGUUUAUUGAAGCUAGUGCCAAAACUAAAGACGGUGUCCAAAUGGCUUUUGAAGAGCUCGUUCAGAAGAUUAUUCAAACGCCUGGUCUAUGGGAAGUUGAUGCUACCUCUCAAAGAGGUUUAUCCCUCUCCGACAGAACUCAAGCUGGCCAGCCUUGGUCAUGUUCUGGCUAUUGCAGUAUGGUAUGAAAAGUGAAUGGGAGAAACUUAAACGUCUUUCGUAAUGCGAGCGAUUUGUGAGGUUUUGCCACGAUAUUUCGAUACGUUUUUAUUGCGCCUUUGUCCAAUAAUGGACCAAUAUUAAUGGUUAAAACCAAUCUUUUGGCGUUAUGCUUUAUCGCUAGUUUUUUUUCCAGUCAACUAAAAAAUGUUCUCGUUAGGAAUCGGUUUGCCGAUAUUGUUGCGAAAAUUCGUCUCAAAUUUAAUACAUACAAUAUUUCAACGUU